AUGGCAGCGGAGGCCGCGCAGGACAACAGCAGCGUAGAGAGACAUAACGCGAACAGCAACCUCGCAGCUCCUGGGAGAGAGAGAGGGGCCGGACGGCGGGGCCGCAGCGGGGAGCUGCAAGGAGCCGACGUCGGGAGUCCGGGGGGCCGGGGUCUCCGGCGGGGUCGGGCCCGGGGUGGGGGCGCCGGACGGCGGGGCCCAACGGGCCGCGGCCUGACAGAGCCGAGGCGGCGGGGACCCCGCGAGGCGGCCGGACCGGGCCGCCCCCAGCUCAGGCCUCCCGCGCGCGCCCCGCUCCCCCCGAAACUUCUCCCGGAGCCCGCGCCGGCCUUCCCGCAGCCGCCGGCCUCUCCCGGCGCACACACGCACUCUCGGACGAGCCAACUCACCCGGACCCCGGGGAACUCAUCGUCCAGCCCUCGGCGCGGAGCGGGGUGGGCGCGGCGAGCCGCCGGGGCGCGGCGGGGGCCCGACUCGGCCUCCGCCCUCGGCGUGCAGCGGCCCCGGCCCGGUCGCCCCUCGAGCGGCCGUGCGAUCCUCGUCUCGCGCGGACGGACGCGCCGGAGCCCGAGCCUUCCUGCCCUUUCUCCCCGCCCUCCUCCCUCCUCCUUCGCCGAGAGCCAGCAGGCGGAUUCCAAUCUCGGCAGCCGCCGCCGCCGCCGCCACUGCCGCCGCCGCCGACACUCGCAGGGGUGGGGGGGGCGGCGCGGGCGCGGGGGCCUGGGGGAGGGGCGGGCCUCCGCGGGACUCGGCGCCGCGCGCGCGCACUGGGAAGACGCCCGCCCCGCCCCGGACACGAAAGGAGCCGAGCGCGCGGCGGAAGCGCCCGAAGGGUCCCCGAGGUCCGGCGCCCCGCUGCCGGGGAAGAGGGCCCGCAGCCGGCAAGGGGGCGCCGGGCUGCGGUGGGGGGACUUCUCCUCCGCGCGGCCCCACCGGCCCCUCCCCACCAGGCAGCCCUACCGCCGCCGUGGCAGGGCCGGCUGGUCUGCGGGAGCCGCGACCCACCGACGCCGCGUGCGGGACGCACAUGACGGAGCGCGGUGGAGGAGCGCGGACACCGUCUGGGCCCUCCCGCGUCCCUUCGCGUGGACCCCCUCUGCAACACGCUCUAAUGCUCCACGUGGGCGCCAGCACUCACACGCCACGGCGGGGAAUUGCCGGGUCGUGGUAGUGGUCGUGGCGACAAAGAAAGGGAAAUGUAGCCACACCGCUUCCAUUAUCCACCCACCGCUCCCCGGCUUCUUGGUCUGGGCUCUCUGCCGGGGUGCCGAGGCCUAGGUAGGCAGGCGCAGGUGGGCGGGCUCCGAGGGAGCGGCUGGGGGAAGAGGCCUCUCCGCGUGGACCCCCGCAGCUCCGAGCCCCGGCUGUCCCCGGCCCUGUGACCUACCGAGCCGGUGAACUCCUAAAGCAGAAGAGGAGCGGCGGCGUUACCCCGGGCCAGCUGAAGUCCGCGGACUAUAAAUAUUGCUCGCUCCUCUACUUUGGCUCACUCUUAGGACCUUGCGUGCCCUCCGGAGUCCCGUUCCCUCCUUUUGGAAAAUGCAAAUAAUUGUCACUACUCCUUUUCUUCCAUUUCCCUUCAUUUGGGGAAAACGUAUUCAGUGUCCUGCAUGUGAAGAAAGAACAUAGGCUCCCUUUUAACAACCAAAUGUGACCUUAAUCAUUUUGCUUUAAAAUGCUUACUUAACUCAAACUAUCACCAACAUUUGAAAGAAGUUUGAAGACUCAAGACUAUUUCAAUAAACAUUUCAAUAAUUGCUAGAUCAACUCAGCUCCUACAUUUUCAAAACGUCGGCCAAAAUGGCAAAUGAGUACGUAUCGGUCCAUCUUUCCCUUCCAGCAGUCAACACAACUGUACAUAAUCAGUGUGCUGCACUUAAAGGAACAUUUGUGAAGGACGGCGCAGCUCGGAGGUGGGAGGUCCUACCAACACUUGCGUUUUUACCGAGGCUGGCAGAACGCAAGGUUCCUCCUCCCCAUCCAGAGUUUGGGCAUGUUCUCAGCCCAUCCUGCCAUCCUGUUUCAGACACUGUCUCUCCUUUCUUGUCCACAGGUCAUUAAGCCUGUUGGGGGAAGGGGUGCUGAGGAAGACUUCAUAAGUGAGCAGUCACGGGAUUGGGAGUGAAAUACAUGCACAAGACCGAACAUUCAUGCUCACGAACUUCAUGAAGCAAAACAAAGGCUCGACACAACCCGGAGUCGCUUU